AUGUCUAAACGGACGCUGUACAUGUCGGCCGAUGACACGGCUAUCUUAAUGGAGUUGACUGGGAGGUACAAGAGAGUACUUGAAAACGAGAAGACAGAUAGUGUGUCAACGAAGGCAGAACAGGACACCUGUGGAAGGCUUACGUCCCAGUUCAACAGCAUGCCCGGCGUUGUCUGCAGAAAUUCAAGGCAGCUUCGGAAAGCCUGGGACAAUUUAAAGACCAAGUGGAAGAAGACGCCAAAGGGCGUCACAAAAACUAUGUCAACUGGUGGCGGUGGCCUUCCCUCACCAAUGGACCCGCUUUUGGAGCAGGUACAGUCUUUGGUCCCCUAUAUUGCAACAAGGGUACAUAACCUUUACGAUGGGGACCGCCAGUCUGCUGAGGUAGAUGACCUUCUGCUCCCCAUGGUGCAAGCACGUCGCGACGAAGGAGAUAUUGAACAUGGGCACCCGCAGGAGACGUACGUCAACAGUGAAUCUACCGAGGAGUUCUGUUGUGACGGUCAAGAGCAGCGCGCUUCUCAGAAUGAUCUCGCUGAUGAGCUCCAUGAGGAGCCUCCUGCCGACACCUCGACGUCGCAGACUCCUGCGCAAUCAAACCGCGCAUCUAGCAACGUAGUACUGCCAACAGGCGCUAUUCAGAGUACGUCGACUGGGCGGAGAGUGAGACCUUAUAGAGGCAGGAACGCUGUUCUUGAGUCUGCUCUCUCUGCAUAA